AUGGCUAAGCGGAGACAGAAGACCAGAACUCAUGUCAAACUCGAUGUCGAGGAUUCUAAGAAGAUUCCAAAGUCUAUGGUGAUCAGAGUUGGACAAACGUCGAUGGGGAACCAUUCUUUGAAUCAGCUUGUAAAGGACUUCAGACAAGUGAUGCAGCCUCACACUGCGGUUAAAUUGCGGGAGAGAAAAUCGAAUAAAUUAAAAGAUUUCGUAGUUAUGUGUGGGCCUCUCGGUGUGUCGCAUUUGUUCAUUUUCACGCAGUCGGAGAAGACAGGUAAUGUGUCGCUAAAGGUCGCAAGGGCACCUCACGGUCCAACCGUAACAUUCCAGGUACUUGACUAUUCGCUGAGUAAAGACAUCAAACAGUUUCUAAAGAGACCCAAAAACUUGAUCAAAGAGGACAUGAUGAGUCCGCCCUUGUUGGUUUUGAACGGCUUUGGUGUCAAGCAAAACGGCGAGGACGCAGAGGCCAAAGAAAAGGCAAACGUUGAAAAAGUGGUCAUUUCCAUGUUUCAGAACACGUUCCCACCUUUGAAUCCGGCAAGAACGCAUUUGGGUUCCAUAAAGCGUGUUUUCAUGAUCAACAAGGACGCAGAGACUCAAGAAAUCUCAAUGCGUCACUAUGCCAUUGACAUCAGAGAAGUUGACAUUUCCAGAAACCUCAAACGGCUCUACAAGUCGAAGAACAAGCUGAACAAAGCUGUGCCUAAUUUGCAUAAGAAAAACGACAUCUCUUCUCUCAUUCUAGAUCACGAUGUGGGGGCUUAUACCUCAGAAAGUGAAAUUGAAGAUGACUCUAUCGUGAAGGUAGUUGAGCAAGAUAAAAGACAUGUGAAAUCUGUGGCUGAUCGCGGCGCGGAAGGCGCACCAGAGGGCCAAAUGGGCACUCAGGAAACAGAGCAAGCUGCCCCAAAGAAGAAGGCAGUCAAGUUAACGGAGGUGGGACCACGUCUUACAUUGAAACUACUGAAAAUAGAAGAAGGCAUUUGUUCGGGUAAAGUCUUACAUCACGAGUAUGUGAAGAAGACGAGCGGAGAAAUACGCGCGCUAGAGAAACGUCAUGCUGCAAAACAACGGUUGAAGGAGCAGAGAAAGAAGGAACAAGAAGCAAAUAUAGCGAGAAAAAAGGAAGUAAAGGAUGCCAAGAAGCAGCGUAAGCUCGAAAGACGAAGACAACGCGAGGCUGCUGGAGAAGGUGGGUCUGUUGCCAAUGGCUCUGAGUCGUCGGGAGACUCCUCAAGCGGCGAAAGCAAUGCAUAUAGCGAUGUGCCCGAAGAUCUCGACAGCGACCUUUACAGUGACAUUGAAUGA